UGUUCCCCAUCCAGUCCGGUGCGGUGUUUGCAAAUACCUUCAACACAAGCGGAGAGAAGAGGGGGGGACGGACGGACCGCUGCUGAAAACAAGCGCCGCUUCGUUUUGCAUCGCAGGGGAUACUCUUCACUCUUGAUUCCUAUUCCACUGGCUGGUUUUUUUUUUAUACCUAAAAGAGAAGAAAAAAAAUCAUAAGUGCAGCUAUAUAGUCUUCUCUUUUUUUCUUCAAACUCUGGAAAAAAAAUGGAUGUUCUACCCAUGUGCAGCAUCUUUCAAGAACUUCAAAUAGUUCACGACACGGGCUAUUUCUCAGCCUUACCAUCACUGGAGGAGUACUGGCAGCAGACAUGCUUGGAGUUGGAGCGCUACCUUCAGAGCGAGCCUUACGUCUCCACAUCUGACCUCAAGUUUGACAGCCAGGAGGACCUCUGGAGCAAGUUGAUCUUGGCCUGCGGGGAUAAGGCCAAGGCCGAGUCCGACCCAAAGAUGGUCACGGCCCACGAGGAGGACAAUCACGAUAGCCAAAUCUUGGACACCAACAGUGUGAAUUCUGACGCCAGCAGCGAAGCUUCAGACAGUUCUGAGGAGCUCUCGCCCACACACAGCUUUACCUCCAACCCUCUGGGCUCUGUCUUGGUUGGCUCUGGACCUUUUAGCCCCUCCGUCAUUAGCACUCCACCGUCCUCGCCGGAGGCCAACUCCGAGCCCGGCGGCGUCACGAACGGCUGGGUGGCCACGCACACAGAGUUGCAUUUGCCGGUCAAAAUCAGGAACGGCGGGAUCGCUAAGAGUACGGAAAAGACGGGAAUCAUCUGCGGGGAAACGUCUCCGGACGGCAGGAGGCGAGUACACAGGUGUCACUUCAACGGGUGUCGCAAGGUUUACACAAAGAGCUCCCACCUAAAAGCACACCAGCGCACUCAUACAGGUGAGAAACCGUACAGGUGUUCAUGGGAAGGCUGCGAGUGGCGUUUUGCACGAAGCGAUGAGUUGACCAGACACUUCAGGAAGCACACUGGGGCAAAGCCAUUUAAAUGCACUCACUGUGACAGAUGUUUCUCCAGGUCUGACCAUCUGGCUCUUCACAUGAAGAGGCACAUCUAAAAGCAGGGCGAGAGCAACAACCAAGCAACGCAGCGGAGAGGAAAGUUUUUUUUUUUUUUUAAA